CACUGGGCACCGCCCACCAGAACAGCGAGUUUUUAUCGAGUUGUCGUUCGUGGUAACAUCCACACACAGCGGGCAGCUAACUGGGUAACCAGUUCUUGUGUGUGUGUGUGUGUCUGUGAGCGUGUGUUCUCCAGGCUGUGAUGGCAGCAGGUGGAAACCCGGGUCCGAGCGUCACGGACUGUGUGACCAAGGUGGCCCUCAGCAUCUCCUGUAACAAUCUGCUGGACAUGGACGCCUUCUCAAAGUCCGACCCCCUCUGUGUGCUUUUCAUGAAAACCUCUGGGCCCCAGUGGUGUGAGAUUGGCCGGACGGAGAAAAUACAGAACUGCCUUAAUCCCAGCUUCUCCAAGAGCUUUGUCGUCGACUACUACUUUGAGAUGGUGCAGAAGCUGAAGUUUGAAGUGUACGACAUUGACAGCGAAAACUGCAGUCUGCAUGAUGCUGACUUCCUGGGAGAGACGGAGUGUACCCUGGGACAGAUUGUGUCUUCAAAGAAACUAACAAGGCCGCUCGUCAUGAAGGACAAGAGGCCUGCAGGCAAAGGAACCAUUACUAUCUGUGCUGAGGAGAGAACAGACAACAGGGUGGUGGAACUUGAAGUUGCAGCUAGAAAACUGGAUAAAAAGGAUUUCUUUGGGAAGUCCGACCCCUUCCUGGAAUUCUACAAGCAGACAGAAACUGGAUGGCAACUGGCUCACAGGACGGAGGUGGUGAAAAACAACCUAAACCCAACAUGGAGACGCUUCCGUAUCCCACUGCAGUCACUGUGUGGAGGUGACGUGGAGAAAUCCAUAAAGGUCGACUGUUACGACUACAACAACAGUGGAUCUCACGACUUUAUUGGAUCCUUUCAGACCACACUCUGCCACAUACAGGAGGCGACUCAGACGUAUGCGGCCGAGUUUGAAUGCAUCAAUAGUAAGAAGAAACAGAAGAAGAAAGGAUACAAAAACUCAGGUGUUAUCAUCAUUAAACAGUGCAAGAUAGUGAAGGAGUACACGUUUCUGGAUUUCAUAAUGGGCGGCUGCCAGAUCAACUUCACUAUCGCCAUUGACUUCACAGGUUCCAACGGGGAUCCCAAGUCCCCUCGGUCCCUUCACUACAUCAACCCUCAGGGCUAUAAUGAAUACCUGGCAGCUACCUGGGCAGUGGGUAAUGUGAUCCAGGACUAUGACAGUGACAAGAUGUUCCCUGCUUUUGGGUUUGGAGCCCAGAUCCCUCCUACAUGGCACGUCAGCCACGAGUUUCCCAUCAACUUCAAUCCAUCAAAUCCGUUUUGUGCAGGUAUAGAAGGUGUGGUGCACGCCUACCAGCAGUGUCUGCCCCAGGUGAAGCUCUACGGUCCCACAAACUUUUCCCCGAUCAUCAACCACGUGGCCCGUUUCGGCAGACAGGCCCUGCAGCAGCAAACUGCCUCUCAAUACUUUGUUCUGCUCAUCCUCACUGAUGGAGUCAUCACAGACAUGGAUGAGACCCGUCAAGCCAUCGUCAACGCCUCUCAUCUGCCCAUGUCCAUCAUCAUAGUUGGAGUAGGUGGGGCAGACUUCAGUGCCAUGGAGUUCCUGGAUGGAGACGAUGGUAUUUUACGCUCUGCUGCAGGCGAGGCCGCCAUGAGGGACAUCGUGCAGUUUGUUCCCUUCAGGCAGUUCCAGAAUUGUCCUCAGGAAAUGCUUGCUCAGAGCGUCUUGGCAGAAGUCCCGGGUCAGGUGACAAGCUUCUUCAGUGCCAUGAAUCUGAGGCCCCCCCACAGUGACACGCCUCUCCCUGACCUCUCAGCAUCAGCCCCCCCAGGUGAUGUAUCCUGAGGACCAUCUCCACAGUAUAACACCUCCACAUGUCCAGUCAGAUAUAAUCCAGAUUAUUGGAGGCAAGUCCACUCCAAUCCGAAAUAGUUUGGACGUCCUUUUCUAAAAGUGCAUUACUUAUAACCACAACUCCUCCGUGGUCAUAUGAGCAUGUGACGUAUGAUUUGUAAAUAUAAAGCCAUAAUCGACAGCCAUAUUACACAGAUACAGUCAAACAUUUCCUAACAUUUGUUAACAUUCAUGUAAUGUGACACUAACGUAUGAUUUUAUGUGACUGAAGUGCCAGAUUUGUUAAAAACCUCUCAUUUCUUAUUUUACCAAUCGGUGUGAGGAAUCAGCUGGAGCCAGUGCGACCUGACUCCAGGUCUCUGGUUUCCAUAGAAACACUGCUCAGGUUCAGUUCAGUCGGUCAGAAACUCGACAUGAAAGAGCUGGAGUUCACGGCUCAGGUAGAGACCUCAGUGAUGUUUACAUAUGAGGAGGUAACAGAUUUAUAGGUUUGUUCGUUUCAUGAAUAACUUUUGUAGAUUUUGCACCAAAAGAAAUUGUUGCAUCGUGUUGUUUUUGUUUAAUUCACUUCUGUAUUUGAAUUGACAUAAUAUUUGGUGCUUCCAUAUGAAUGUUAACCCCAGCAGUGAAACACUAUAUCAGUGGAUUGGUAACAUGCAUGUUUACAUUGUAUAACAGUAGAUGAUGCCUCUGUCUUAAGAAAAGGAAGUAAAACUUCAGAUUUUACUGACCCCACAUAUUAAAUUAGGUUUAUGUUAAUGCACUUGUAUGUUAAAUAUGUGUAUGUUAUCUGCACUGGUGGACUUUUUGAUUUUAUCAGUAUUUUUAUGUAAAUGUGAUAAAUAAUUGAAUAACCGUUUUCUACGUGAACAGUUUUUACAGAAAAUGAUUGAACAGUUAGACUGAUGUUUUUUUAUCUUAGUGCCACCUCCUUAAUAUCACAACAUCACAUAUUACAUUUUCACCUCAGAUUCACAACCAAUUCUGUACAUUCAUGAAAUGUAUAACCCUAACCUAUAACAUUACUAAAUAAGCAGAUAAACAAAGGUGAACAACACAACAUUCAGAUGAUGACAAGGACACAGGAUGACGAUAGGGGACGUGUUGGUGUGUGUUUGCAUUGGUGUCCUCUGCAGGACACACUCACUGUCUGACUUCUGCAGCUGUUGUGGCAGAUCAUAAUAACAUAUGUAUGUAAAUCAUGUUAUUCAUAUAUCCUGACUCCUAACAUUAUAACAGUGUGUUGAGAUUUCUUUUUCUCCAUCAUUAAACAUUUAGUAUGAAAAGAA